AUUAGGGUCAUAGAUUCAGCUCGUAGCUUUCUUCAAGACUCUAGUUUCUAGUGAUGUUCCUUGAUCCCUGCGUCGUACCUUGAGAGCUCUUUUUCUACAUUAAAGAUACAGGAUUUGGAGAAAAACAAUUAACAUAUCAGCAAUGAAUAAUACAACAUCCUUAACAGGGAUACUCACAAGCAACAAUUUAACAUCCAAUGGCUCAUUUCGCUGCAGUCCAUCCGGAUCCACUUAUAAUGCAGUUUUAAUAGCAAUUUACACCAUCGUGCUUGUGGGAGGUUCUACUGGAGCCAUCAUCAUGACUUGGAAAAUAAAAACAGACAGUAAAUCUGUGACAUCCACUGCCAUGGUCAAUCUUAUACUGAUGCACACAUUCUUUCUCCUAACUGUGCCUUUCCGUAUCUCUUAUUAUGUUCUCAAUGAGUGGAAGUUUGGUGAAAUAUUUUGUAAGCUGGUGAGUGCUAUGAUUCAUGCUCACAUGUACCUGUGUUUCAUGUUCUAUGUGGCCAUAAUUGUCAUAAGGAUGAUCAGUUUCUUUCGAGAAAAGAAGACAAUGGAUUUUUACCAACCUUGGCAUGCAGUUGCUGUGAGCCUAGUUGUCUGGACAUUGGUGUUUUUUGCUGUUUUCCCACUGUUUCUAACGUAUUUUGACAGCUCCGAAAAGGAUGGCAAAUGUUUUCAAUUCACAGUUACAACUGCAUCAUCAUAUGUGAAGGUUAUGAACUUUCUUGCAGUUAUUACUGUGUUAACAACUUUUGGUGUUUUACUUGCCAUCCAGAUGGGCAUAAUAGUACAAUUGAUGAUCCGUUACCAAAAUAAUCUGCUUAACCAGCAAGAAUUUGGAGCUCAAACAAAGACACUGUUAUUUAUAUUAAUUAUGAUUUGUUUCAUUCCUUACCUUGCAUUCAGGCCGUUUUAUGUAAGCCAACAGCAAUGUUCAUUGACCUUAAGUAUUACGAAUGAAAUAUUUUUAGCUGUGACGUCAAUAAGCUGUUUCGAUGUACUUGCCUUCCUAGUGGCUUCCCGCUGAGAAAUCAGCCAUUUUUGAUUUUAAGUUUGAGCCGAUAUCAAUUUUCAUGCAUAACAUAAGCAUCAUUCAGGUUUCCAAUCUGUCUCAAUUGUACUUGCUAGAAGUUAUAUAUCAUACACAGGGCACUGUUACCUGCAAGCACAAAGAUCAUGUGCAGGCAUACACCUUUGUUUUUUAAUUUAAACAAAAGCAUGAGUAACAAUAAUUCCAUGAUGAAUUUUCCACAGAAAGAUCACAACCAAUCUAAGUUGACUGGCCAAAAAAUCAGCACCUUUAUCUCAUGCUGUAUAAAUUGUUGCUUCCUUUGAAAUAGGUAUUCUUGCAUUACUGACCUGGUGACUGCAAGAUGAAAAUGCUUCAACCAAACGUCUCGUCUUAACAAUACUCAAGAUCUAUGCUACCAGGCCACUAUUUAUAACAUAAAUACCAAAAGCAAUAUAAUUGGUGUAAAACAAUAAUU